GGCCAUUCAUUCGCUCAUCAGCAGUGGACUACCAGUGAUGGAUCUGCUGUGUGUGGUGGGGGGGGGAACUGGAAGUGUACAGAUGAAUGAUUCAUUUGUUUAUUCUUACACUUUUCACCUAACAGUGACUUCCUGAGGUCUUAUUUUGUUUGAAGCACAGGUCCUGAAGGUGUGGUGGGGAGCAAGAAAUAGUGUUGAUCACAUCCUCCACUUAGUGGAAGAAAUAAGAUUUACAGUCCAUUAUCAAACAGCUUUGCAACAGUCCAGUCACGCACACACGCAAUGUCCAGAAGAAUGGACAAGAGAUUUGUAGCUGGGGAUGGAUCAUAACAUCUCACAUAUAAAGGGUCUCAGACAAGAACCGGGUCCCUUUCAGGUGGGACUACAUGAAAAGGGCUCUUCAGCAGCUGUCUUCACAGCAACUCAUUUCCCACAGGCUGUUGAAACCUCAGAGGAUAAAAGACCCAGGGAACACACAUCCCAGGGGAAGCUGGCUGAGAAUAUGGGAGCAAUCACCAUGAACCAGAAGUCUCUCUGGGCAGGUCUAGUGGUCUUGCUGCUUCUCCAGGGAGGAUCUGCCUACAAGCUGGUUUGCUACUUUACCAGCUGGUCCCAGGACGGAAGAUUCGCCCCUAAGAACAUCGACCCCUUCCUAUGCUCUCACCUCAUCUACUCAUUCGCCAGCAUCGGGAACAACAAGGUUAUCAUCAAGGACAAGAGUGAAGUGAUGCUCUACCAGACUAUCAACAGUCUCAAAACCAAGAAUCCCAAACUGAAAAUUCUCUUGUCCAUUGGAGGAUACCUGUUUGGUUCCAAAGGGUUCCACCCCAUGGUGGAUUCUGCUACAUCACGUUUGGAAUUCAUUAACUCCGUAAUCCUGUUUCUGAGGAACCAUAACUUUGAUGGACUGGAUGUAAGCUGGAUCUACCCAGGUCAGAAAGACAACACUCAUUUCACUGUGCUGAUUCAUGAGUUAGCAGAAGCCUUUCAGAAGGACUUCACAAAAGCUACCAAGGAAAGGCUUCUCUUGACUGCAGGUGUAUCUGCAGGGAGGCAAAUGAUUGACAACAGCUAUCAGAUUGAGAAACUGGCAAAAGAUCUGGAUUUCAUCAACGUCCUGUCCUUUGAUUUCCAUGGGUCUUGGGAGAAGCCCCUCAUCACUGGCCACAACAGCCCUCUGAGCAAGGGGUGGCGGGACAGAGGGCCAAGCUCCUACUACAAUGUGGAAUAUGCUGUGGGGUACUGGAUACGUAAGGGAAUGCCCUCAGAGAAGGUGGUCAUGGGCAUCCCCACGUAUGGGCGCUCCUUCACACUGGCCUCUGCAGAAACCACCGUGGGGGCCCCUGCCUCUGGCCCUGGAGCUGCCGGACCCAUCACAGAGUCUUCAGGCUUCCUGGCCUACUAUGAGAUCUGCCAGUUCCUGAAAGGAGCAAAAAUCACGAGGCUCCAGGAUCAGCAAGUUCCCUACGCAGUCAAGGGGAACCAGUGGGUGGGCUAUGACGACGUGGAGAGUAUGGAGACCAAGGUUCAGUUCCUAAAGAAUUUAAACCUGGGAGGGGCCAUGAUCUGGUCUAUUGACAUGGAUGACUUCACCGGCAUAUCCUGCAACCAGGGUCCUUACCCUCUUGUCCAAGCAGUCAAGAGAAGCCUUGGCUCCCUAUGAAGGAUUAACUUACAGAGAAGCAGGCAAGGUAACCUUGCUGCCUGGGGCCUGUUCUCUCCCAGAAAUUCUCAGUGGGAUUCCCCCUUGCCGGCUGGCCUUUGGAUGUCUCUUCCAAGCCUCACCUGACUUCCUCUCCGAUCGCGGAUUGGGUCUGGCUUUGUUUUCCUGCAGCUAUUGACUUGUUGCCCUGAAGUACAAUAAAAAA